UCCGUUGAUGUCAAGGGACUGCAUCAUCCUAGCGCUUGCCUUGUCUUUAUCGUAAUGGAUCAUGAUCUACUGCUGUCCGAUGACUUGGAGGGAUGUAUCUUCUUUGACCUGGUCCGCUUAUUCCCGACAACGGAGGCGUCCAGCACUGAGCCAUCACGAGGGGGCAGACGACCGCACACUGGAACCAUAAUGGACUCAUCCUCCCCAACUUGGCAGAACCGACCAACGCUCGACUACGAGGCAUCAGGAGCUAGUCUAAGUGGACAGUCCUUUACAAUGCCAUUGAUACACCCCCAAUUUAAGGAACAUCACGCCCUCUCCGUGCUUUCUCAACGCCUCAAUGAUGCGUAUGCCCAGGAAGUGUUCCGCCGGUGGCGAGCCCUUGAAAAGCCAGAGCCCAAAUGA